AUGAAAGUAUCAGGUGUCUUUCUGCUCCUCUCUCUGGCUCUUUUCUGCUUCUUUUCAGGUGUCUUCAGUCAAGGAGGACAGGACAAAAGAGGCUGGAUCACAAGAUCAGAGGGCCGAUUGCCAGGGAAAGGUGUCUUAAGGACGCGUCUCUUUCAAGUUGACUGUAGUGAGUUCCGGGACCCCAAGGUCUACUGCACUCGGGAAUCUAACCCCCACUGUGGCUCCGAUGGCCAGACAUAUGGCAAUCAGUGUGCCUUCUGCAAGGCAGUGAUGAAAAGUGGUGGGAAGAUUAACCUAAAGCAUCAUGGGAAGUGCUGA